AUGACCGAUCUCAUCAUCAAAACCGAGGUCAAUGGGAACCUCGCUUUGGGUCAUAACAGCAUGGCUGAUUCACAGGUUCUCUGGAACCUGACUCAGGAGAGUCUUGACUACGCCGGCUUCCCCACAGACCAGUUGUUGGACUACUUGCCUGACCUAGGAAAUUCCUGGAUCUACCGCCCGGAGGAAUGGAAUAACACCUGGUCGAUGACCUGCCAGCCUACCGAGUCCAAGCCCGUGGACCUGAGGUUGGCCGCGAAUUGCACCUCAUUCGAAUCCAAGUUCGCGCCAUCGUUGCUCGAAAUGUUCCCGCAAGCUUAUUUCGGCGAGGACUUCCAUUACAACUACGGGGAUUAUUACAUCAACGAGACCUAUGUUCAGGAUCUCCUCGUCAUCAUGUAUGCAGCUAACUACACGGACUACGAGGAGUCGACCGGGACUUGGCGCACGAUCGAUUUGUCAAUGGGUGCUUUGCACGCGCACGGUGUCCCCAAGAAUGACUCUGAUUGGGACAUGUGUCGGUACGACGAAGGGGAGGCUGAACGAGCAUCCUACAGCCGGAUCGAUUGUCGCGUGAAGCGUGACCUUGGCAGCUUUGGUGAUGCAUUUUUCGGCGCGUUUCCCGAUGCCGGCGAUGUAAGCGCUAUCCCCACCAGCUUUGUAGGGAACUUCUUUGCCCGAUUUAAGCAAGAAGCAAUAGAGGACCUGGAGAUCUCGACCAUCACGCCCCGAGACCUUCAGCGCUUCUAUCAGGUGUAUAUGGCCACCAAGGAUACUCAGAAUAAAUUGCCGGUUCAGCGUCUGAUGAGUGUCCAAGUUGCCGCCGUGCAAUUGUCCACCGCGUUCAUUGCGGUUUUCGGGCUCCUCGCCCUCUUCAAUUGUCUUGCCGGAGCUGCUUAUGGCCUCAUGUUCUUGCAUCACCGCGAAGCUGUGGCGGCGGUACCCCAAUCGAAGCUAGAUUGGCUGCUGCAGUCCGUCACCUCGAGGAUGACGUCCGUAAGAGGUCUGGGGUAUACGCUUCCAAUGCCGGCAACACCUGCGGAACGGCAAGCAGAAAACGGGUGGCGUUACAGUGCAGAGAGGAGACGCGCUCAGUUCGAAGGAGCCGUCUACGAUGCGACAUGGGCUGAGCACAACCAAUCCAUCCCAGACUUUACCACAUUGCCUCCUGAGUUCCCAGUCAAGAUGUCCGAGACACGCCAUCCUGCACCUUCCUACACGCUCGGACCGUCAUAG